AUAAGUGAUUGUAUUUGGAGCCAAGGACGUGAGGUUUAAAGGAUAUUUGCUGCAUAUAUUACUUGAAGCAAAUGACCUCGGUGAGCGUCGUUCCAGCUUCUGCAAUACCGGACCAUGGUGGGAGCACAAUUGGUGUUGAAAGGUUGCCUGAUGAGAUGAAUGAUAUGAAACUUAGGGAUGACAAGGAAAUAGAAGCCACAGUUGUUGAUGGGAACGGUACUGAAACAGGCCAUAUAAUUGUAACAACCAUUGGUGGAAAGAAUGGCCAACCAAAACAGACCAUCAGUUAUAUGGCCGAGCGCGCUGUAGGACAUGGCUCUUUUGGAGUUGUAUUUCAGGCAAAAUGCUUGGAAACUGGUGAAACAGUUGCGAUAAAGAAGGUUCUUCAGGACAAGAGGUACAAGAACAGGGAGCUGCAGACCAUGCGCCUUCUUGACCACCCAAAUGUUGUGUCCCUAAAGCACUGUUUCUUCUCAACAACUGAGAAGGAUGAGCUUUACCUUAAUCUUGUGCUUGAGUAUGUCCCGGAGACUGUUCAUAGAGUGAUCAAACAUUAUAACAAGAUGAACCAAAGGAUGCCGCUGAUAUACGUGAAACUCUAUUUCUACCAGAUUUGCAGAUCUCUUGCAUACAUCCAUAAUAGUAUUGGCGUAUGCCAUAGAGACAUAAAGCCUCAAAACUUACUGGUUAAUCCCCAUACCCAUCAACUCAAACUUUGUGACUUUGGCAGUGCAAAAGUUUUGGUUAGAGGUGAACCAAAUAUAGCAUACAUUUGUUCUAGGUACUAUAGAGCCCCCGAACUUAUAUUUGGUGCAACUGAAUACACCUCAGCCAUUGACAUCUGGUCAGCAGGUUGCGUUCUAGCUGAAUUACUUCUUGGACAGCCGCUAUUUCCUGGUGAAAGCGGAGUUGAUCAGCUUGUUGAAAUAAUUAAGGUUCUAGGAACUCCAACCAGGGAGGAAAUUAAGUGUAUGAACCCUAAUUAUACAGAAUUCAAGUUUCCCCAAAUUAAAGCUCAUCCAUGGCACAAGAUAUUCCACAAGAGAAUGCCUCCCGAAGCCGUGGAUCUCGUUUCAAGACUACUCCAGUACUCUCCAAACCUCCGAAGCACAGCGUUGGAGGCUCUGAUCCAUCCAUUCUUCGACGAGCUUCGUGACCCCAAUACCCGUUUACCAAAUGGACGCUUCCUUCCUCCAUUGUUCAACUUUAAGGCUCAGGAACUGAAGGGAGUACCCCCUGAGAUGCUCGUGAGGCUUAUUCCGGAACACGCAAGGAAGCACUGCAAUUUUCUCGGAUCUUAAUGUGGUCGUGUAGUAGUCUGAACCCUGCAGAGACACACAUAAGCCUGUAGAAAGUAGUAGCUAGCAUCAAAUUACAAAUGGAAGCCCUAUUAUUUGUUAUUUUCUUCUACCCUCUGCUUAAUUUGUUCCCCAUGCCCCUAUUAUUUUUUCAUAUCUAUCGUUGCCCUCAUCGUCGUUUUCCCUGUAGAAAUGGUGUUGAGAAAAGGUUCUGCUUGGUAUGUUCUUAAUACCUUAAAUGGGAUAAUACAAACCGCCCCUGAUUUGUAGUUAAACAAACAGAUUGUAAUUUCUUAUUGCAAAUGAACAUAACCUUGGAAUAUGCUCAACAAUUUUGCCACUUCAA